AUCUUGUAGUUGUUUUUAGAAAUAAAACCUUGUAGCGGCUAUUGGAGAUAAUUAUCACGUGAUAGUUUUCUCGUGAUAAUUGUCUCUGAUAGUUGCAUUUCUGCAAGGUGAAUAAUCAAUUUUCUAGUAAUUCAAGCAACCACCAAUGGAGAAAUUUGAAAUGGAGAAGCAAGAAGAUGACAAGGAUGAGAAACUAUUGAGCCCAUUAGUAAGCAACGGUACUCGUGACAUUCACGGGAAAGUAGCAGAUAAACGAAAAACUGGAAGAUGGAAAGCAGCUUCAUUCAUCAUUGUGAGUCAGGUUGCAGAAAAUGUAGCUUAUAUUGCAAUAGCAGUGAACCUUAUUACGUACCUCAUAACCCAAAUGAAACUAUCACUUCCAACCUCUGUUGCUUUAAUGUCUACUUGGGCUGGACUCGGCAAUAUGUUAACUGUAGUUGGAGCAGUUCUAGGAGAUGGUUAUUUGGGUCGAUUUCAGACUGUUCUUCUCGCCUCUUGCUGCUAUAUGCUGGGACUCUUGGUAUUGACACUUUCGGCUUCCAUAGAUAGCCUCCGACCACCGCCAUGCAAAAUAGAACCAUGCCAAACAGCAAGUGUUGGUCAAAUUUUAUUCCUUUGUGCUGGAUUAGGGCUUCUGGAUCUAGGUACCGGUGGUCUGAAGCCAUGCAUCCCAUCAUUUGGAGGCGACCAGUUCGAUGAGGCAGACGAGAAAGAGAAGGUGCAGAAAUCUUCAUUUUUUGAUUGGGUGUAUUUUUCCCUUAAUAUGGGUGCACUCUUUAGCGUGACGGUAGUUGUUUAUGUACUAGAGAAAAAGGGAUGGAGUUGGAGUUUUGGCUUGCUUACUGCCGCUACGUUUUUGUCUAUAAUUAUUUUAGUUGUUGGUCUACCUUUUUACCGUUUCCAAAGAACUACAGGAAGUGCUUUCACAAGGUUUCUUCAAGUUAUUGUAGCUUCUUUAAGGAAUCAUAUGAAAGGAGCUCACGUUGGGGAUGGAACUCAACUUUAUGAGCUGAAAACACCUGAAUCUGACAUUAAGGAUGCUCCAAAACUCCCUCACACCCAACAUUUGAGAUUCUUGGACAAGGCAGCCGUCAGGAUUGACCCUGAAGCCGACACAAACAGUCGUUGGAGACUUUGCACAGUAACUCAAGUAGAAGAGCUUAAGUGUCUUAUUAGAAUUUUCCCGAUGUGGAUAAUUGGGGUUUUAGGUUCUGUGUCCUAUACUCAGUUUACAACAUUUUUCAUCGGUCAAGCCAAAGUAAUGGACAGACAGAUUACCUCUAACUUUGCAAUCCCAGCAGCCUCCACUCCCAUUAUUUUUGCCGUUAAUGCCAUCGUUCUUAUACCCCUCUACGACAAUGUAAUUGUCCCUGCCCUUCGCAAGUACACCGGCAACCCUCAUGGGAUCACCACAUUGCAACGUAUAGGUGUUGGCUUUUUUGUUUCAAUCCUCGCUUUAGCCUCUGCUGCUAUAGUGGAAAGACAAAGACGCGAUACUGUCAACUCUACCCAUACAAAUAUGAGUGUGCUUUGGUUGCUCCCGCAAUUCAUUUUACUAGGCACAGCAGAAAUGCUGGCUUUUGUGGCUCAAAUGGAGUUUUUCUAUAGUGAAGCAACUGUUGGAACAAGAAGUAUUAGCAGUGCAGUAUUUCAAACUCAACUUGGAACCGCAAAUAUAUUGAACGGUUUGAUUGUCAGUAUAAUUACCAAUGCAACCGGAGGAGAACGAAAAGGCUGGUUAAGGAAUGAUCUUAAUCAUAGCAAACUUGAUUACUACUACUGGAUAUUGACUGCUCUUAAUGGGUUUAGUUUCUUGAUUUAUAUGUGGCAUGCUUCUCACUAUAAAGGAAGAAGUGGUUCUGUAAAUCCCAAUAGUGUCAAACCUGUAAAUGAGGUAGAAGAUACACAAUAGUAAAAUAAGUGUUAUAUUACUUUCUCA